CAGAUAACUUCUGAAUUGUGAAGGUCUUCUGUGAGGUUGAUGCAUUGAUGGAUUCCAGGAUGGCCAUACGUGUGAUUUUGUUACUAACACUUUUUACUGGGCUGUGUGUUGCUAAUUUGAAAGGCAAUAUUGCUCUUAAUGCCAGAGUGGUGCAGUCCUCCUUAGGACACCCACAGGGAGAUGCUGAACAUGCAGUAGAUGGAAACAGAGACGCAAAUUACGCGAAGGGCUCAUGUACCUACACUAAACCUGAGUUUAAUCCAUGGUGGAGAGCUGACCUUGGAAACAUCUACAGUAUAAGCAAUGUUGCCAUCACUAAUCGUGGAGACUGUUGCAAAGAGCGACUCCGAGGAGCUCAGAUUCGUAUUGGUAACAAGCUGGAGAACAACGGAAACAACAAUGAGCUGUGUGCUGGCCAUCACGCUCAGGUGUUCGCCGUGAAGGAGCGGCAUUUCCAGGGCGACGCUGCUCUGCCCUCGGGAUACUCGCCACAAUAA